AUGGCAGUGAAGAAGCGCCCCAACUUCCUAGUUAUUCUAGCAGAUGACCUGGGUUUUAGCGACAUCGGCUGCUUCGGCGGGGAAAUCGAAACUCCACAUCUCGACAAGCUCGCAAAACAAGGCAUCCGCUUCACGGAUUUCCACGCCGCGGCAGCAUGUUCACCGUCUCGAGCUAUGCUCAUGACCGGGACAGACCAUCAUAUAGCAGGCUUGGGGAAUCUCAUCGAAUGGACGAACAUCUCAGGCCAAAAUGACCCGAGUGGGAAGAUGUCGACUGCUCCGCAGAGAGGCAUGCCGGGAUACGAGGGGUAUUUGAAUGAACGCGUCGUUGCUGUGAGCGAGGUUCUUCAAGACGCCGGCUAUGCAACCCUCAUGUCGGGCAAAUGGCACUUAGGGCUAACACCAGAUCGGUCGCCGAAGGUAAGAGGGUUCGAUAAAUCUUUCGCGCAUCUACCUGCCUGCAGCAACCAUUACGCCUACGAGCCCCAACUUGAUAAAGCCGCCGGCGAUAAGAUACCAGACUUCAUGACGAUGUCUUUCAUCGCGCUACACUCCGAAAACGGCGAGUACGUGCGCAAAUUACCCAACAACUGGUAUUCGAGCAAUGGAUACGGCGACAAGCUCAUCCAUUAUUUGAAAGAGUGGCGUUCAGAAAACCCGAAGGAUGAGAAGCCUUUUUUCGCGUAUCUGCCUUUCACAGCACCGCACUGGCCUCUCCAGGCGCCGAAGGAGUUCAUCGAUAAGUACCGCGGCGUGUAUGAUGAAGGUCCGGAUGUUCUACGCGAAAAGCGGUUGCAGCGUUUGAAAGAUCUGGGAAUGAUUCCCCAAGAUGUGACUCCGCAUCCAGUUGUCGCAGAUGAAGUCAAGCCAUGGUCCGAGAUGUCAGAUUUUGAACGCAAGAUGUCGAGUCGAGCGAUGGAGUGCUUUUCCGGUAUGGUGUCAUGCAUUGAUUACAAUGUUGGUCGAGUGCUUGAGCAUCUAGAGGAAAUUGGCGAGCUAGACAACACUUUCGUGUGCUUUAUGAGCGAUAACGGGGCAGAGGGUGCGGCUUAUGAAAGCUAUCCAAUCGUGCAGGGCCAAAUGAUGGGACAUUUGCAGAAGUACUACGAUAACAGCUACGAAAAUCUGGGCAAUGGGAACAGCUUCAUCUGGUAUGGGCCACGGUGGGCGCAAGCAGCCACAGCGCCGAGUAGACUCUACAAAGCCUAUACCACCGAAGGCGGCGUCCGCGUUCCUUUCCUCGCCAAAUUCCCCAAAGAUACCCUCGAUCCCACCCGCGCAAACAGCAUAACCGACACAUUCACCACCAUCAUGGACAUCAUGCCGACAAUCCUCGACAUGGCUGGCGCCACGCACCCCGCCCCCUCCUACCGCGGCCGAGAAAUCGUGCACAUGCGCGGAAAAUCCAUGCUGCCCUUCAUCAGAGGCACCACCUCUUCCGUUCACGAAAAAGACUUCAUCCAAGGUUGGGAGACCUGCGGCCGCGCCGCCGUGCGCAAGGGCGAUUUCAAGAUCGUGUUCAUCCCUAAACCAAAAGGAACAGAAAAAUGGCAGCUCUACAACCUUAAGUCUGAUCCAGGAGAAGUUCAUGAUCUCGCGGAAAAAGAGGAGUACAAAGCGGUGUUUGAGGAGCUGAUGGGGUUGUGGGAGCAGUAUGUGCUGGAGACGGGGGUGGUGCCGUUGGCACCGGAGCUGGGGAAAUGGUUGGCGGCCAUGGAUGAGCAAAUGGUAGAGGAUGCGUGGAUUGAGUAUGAAUACUGGAAGGAGGGUGCGCGGGAGGAGCCAGAGAAAUUUACGAAGAACCCGUGGCGGUAUCAGCCUAAGACAGGGGAGAUAAAGGUGUCGCAGAUUUGA